UCAUACAUUUAACAACAUUCAUGUUAUGGAAAUGAGAAGCAACAGGCGAGAAAAUGUCUCGUGUUGUAGCCUGUACUCGGCGAUCAGACAGGGAAUGGAAAGGCGAGGAGAGUUGGAAGUAAUUGUGAUAGAGGUGAUGGAUGGAGCUGAAUUCUCAUUUGGAAUGGAAACUGGGAGGAGGAAUCGUCUCCCAGCUAUCUGAAUCUGGGGGAGCAGCUUGAGGGCAGAGAAUGACAGCGAUCCAGUCGCUCUGGGGUAGAGCGCAAGCAGCAGCCACCAAAAGAAAAUACCAAGCAUCCAGUGAGGCUCCCCUAGCGAAACGGAGGAGUGAAACGUCAUUUCUCCCGGCCAAGAAAACUGCUGCUAAAGAAACUCCAAGGGCUUUUAAGGGGAAGGCACAGAAAACGUUUUCUCCCAAGAGGUCUUCAGCUGGUGCGAGUGAUGGAAACCAGGAACGGAAACCGGGCAUUAAGACUUCAUCCCUGUUUAAAAACAACCCUGAGAUUCCAGAACUCCACAGACCUGUAGUAAAGCAGGUGCAAGAAAAAGUGUUCACUUCAGAUGCUUUUCAAGCCCUGGACCUCCACCCACAUCUAAUUUCCACAAUAAAUACGGUCUUAAAAAUGUCUAGUAUGACCAGCGUUCAGAAGCAAAGUAUCCCUGUGUUGCUGGAAGGCAGAGAUGCUCUCGUGAGAUCCCAGACUGGCUCAGGUAAAACUCUUGCCUAUUGCAUCCCUGUGGUCCAGUCUCUUCAAGCAAUGAAAUCCAAAAUACAGCGUGGUGAUGGCCCCUAUGCUCUGAUACUAGUGCCAACAAGAGAGCUGGCCCUACAAAGCUUUGAUACUGUCCAGAAACUGCUUAAGCCAUUUACCUGGAUUGUGCCUGGAGUGUUAAUGGGAGGAGAGAAGAGAAAAUCAGAAAAAGCCAGACUCCGGAAGGGAAUAAAUAUCCUCAUCGCAACUCCCGGACGCCUCGUGGAUCAUAUUAAAUCCACAAAGAACAUUCAUUUUUGUCGGCUCCGGUGGCUGAUUUUGGAUGAAGCAGACAGAAUCCUGGAUUUGGGUUUUGAAAAGGACAUCACAGUGAUACUCAACGCUAUAAAUGCCGAGUGCCAGGAACGACAGAACGUCUUGCUAUCGGCAACACUCACGGAAGGUGUAACUUGGCUAGCUGAUAUCAGUUUACAUGACCCAGUCAGUAUUUCUGUCCUGGAUGAAAGCCAUGACCAGUCGAACCCAGAGAGCAAAGGCAUUCAUGAAGCUUCUCCACAAGCUGGCGAUGAGCUGGACAGCUUUGCCAUACCAGCGAGUCUCGAGCAGUACGUGACAGUGGUUCCCAGCAAACUGAGGCUUGUCUCCCUAGCGGGCUUCGUCCUGCAGAAAUGCAAGUUUGAGAGAGACCAGAAGUUGAUCAUCUUUUUCUCGAGUUGCGAGCUGGUGGACUUCCACUACAACCUCUUCCUCCAGACCCUGCUGAGCGGCUCAGGGGCCCUGGCCCCAGGUGGGUUGCCAUGUGCCUCCACGCGGUUAAAAUUCCUGCGGCUGCACGGCGACCUGGAGCAGGAGGAAAGAACAGCAGUGUUUCAAGAAUUCUCACAUUCCAAAUCAGGGGUUCUUCUGUGCACGGAUGUUGCGGCUCGGGGCUUAGAUCUCCCUCAAGUCACGUGGAUUGUCCAGUACAACGCUCCAUCUUCACCUGCUGAAUACAUCCACCGGAUUGGGAGAACCGCCCGGAUUGGCUGCCAUGGGAGCAGCCUGCUCAUUUUGGCUCCUUCGGAGGCAGAAUAUGUCAACUCGUUGGCUUCUCACAAAAUCAAUGUUUCUGAGAUAAAGAUGGAAGAUAUUUUGUCUGUUCUGACACGGGAUGAUUGUUUUAAAGGGAGACGAUGGGGAAGCCAGAAACCCCGCCCCGUUGGCCCCCAGGACAUCCGAGAGCGAGCCACGGUCUUGCAGACAGUGUUUGAAGAUUAUGUGCACUCCAGUGAGAGGACGGUCGCCGGGGCCAAGAAAGCCCUGCAGUCCUUCAUCCGGGCCUACGCGACCUACCCCCGGGAGCUGAAGCACAUCUUCCACAUCCGAUCACUCCACCUCGGGCAUGUGGCUAAGAGCUUUGGGCUAAGAGAUGCCCCUAAAAAUCUCAGUGCCUUGGCCACAAAGAAGAAGAAAGCAAACCUGAAAAGGCCUGACCUUCAUAGGAGGACCCAGAGUAAACAGCGCCUUGCUGAAAUCUUGCGUUCGGAAUACUCCAGCGGGAUGGAGACCAGCGUCACCAAGGUCAGAGAGCAAAGCAAACGCGCAGGGCCCGGCAGCCAGCCUCGCAGCGCCAUCCGAAGCCAGCGCCCAGCCUUGGCCGUGGGAACAAACGAAAGCCGAAAGCCUUGCGGAGGGACAGCGAGGCUUCCCAGAAAGUGGUUUUAAGCUCUGCCCCCACGGGACUGGGCCUCGGUGGAUCCCGGAGGGGUGUCCUGUUCUCCUCGGAGGAGCCUUGUGAGGAUGAAGGGUGCCGCCCCCGCCCUGCAGACCCGGUGACCCGGUGC